AUGGUACGCACCAAGCAGACAGCGCGGAAGUCGACAGGAGGCAAGGCUCCGCGGAAGCAGCUAGCUAUGAAUGUGGCUUGCAAGACUGCACCGGUUACUGGCGUAGUGAAGAAGAAGCAGCACCGCUACCGCCCAGGCACCGUGGCGCUUCGUGAGAUCCGCCGCUACCAGAAGACCACCGAGUUGCUGAUUCGCAGGGCGCCGUUCCAGCACUUGGUGCGUGAGAUAGCCCAGGGUUUCAAGACUGACCUGCGCUUCCAGAGCUCUGCGCUGAUGGCACUGCAGGAGGCCUGCGAGGCCUACCUCGUGGCGCUGUUCGAAGACACCAACCUGUGUGCCAUCCACGCCAAGCGGGUGACCAUCAUGCCGAAAGACAUCCACCUGGCUCGUCGCAUUCGCGGAGAAAUAGAAGACCAGCGGACCCCCAACGGUCCCAGCAAAGCCUCUAGUGUCAUCACAUUCACUGGGACACCCAAUAAUUGUCUGCAAUGCAACAAGAGGGUGUGCUUUGCUGAGAAGGUGACCUGCUGCAGCCAGCUCUUCCUGUGCUGGGAGUGUCGCUCCAAGACACUGACCCCUGGCCGCUAUGCUGAGCAUGACGGCCAGCCCUACUGCCACAAGCCUUGGAGGCAAGGCAACUGCACAACCCCUCAGUCUUCAAAGAUUCCUCCUCCCCCAGCUCUGCUCAAAGAGGGUGAGAGCCAGACAGCCUCCAUUAACAGUCCUGGUGGCAAGACCACCCGGAGAGUAUAUAAGGGGCAGGCUGUAAAGAGGAUCACCACAUGGGCCACCCAGAGUGCACUAGUGAAACACGCCACCAGGUGGGCGACCAAUAGGAAUGCAGUGGGCUCUAUAAAAGCCGAGCCCUCAAGGCACCUAGCACACUCGAGGAGCAGAGGAGAAAGGAGCUUCUUCACGAUGGUACGCACCAAGCAGACAGCGCGGAAGUCGACGGGAGGCAAGGCUCCACGGAAGCCGCUAGCUAUGAAUGUGGCUUGCAAGACUGCACCGGCUACUGGCGUAGUGAAGAAGAAGCAGCGCCGCUACCGCCCAGGCACCGUGGCGCUUCGUGAGAUCCGCCGCUACCAGAAGACCACCGAGUUGCUGAUUCGCAGGGCGCCGUUCCAGCACUUGGUGCGUGAGAUAGCCCAGGGUUUCAAGACUGACCUGCGCUUCCAGAGCUCUGCGCUGAUGGCGCUGCAGGAGGCCUGCGAGGCCUACCUCGUGGCGCUGUUCGAAGACACCAACCUGUGUGCCAUCCACGCCAAGCGGGUGACCAUCAUGCCGAAAGACAUCCACCUGGCUCGUCGCAUUCGCGGAGAGCACUCUUAAACUUAGACUCCACAGGCUCCUGAUUAUUGCACUAUCCUAAACCCAAAGGCUCUUUUCAGAGCCACCCACCACAUCUAAAAAAGUGGUUGUAACCUUGUAUGUAAAUUUGAUCGAUAAUUGAAAAUAUAUGCAAUUUUUUUGCUUUUAAAAACUGGCCUCAGAAUAAAAUCUUUGAAACCUUAAAAAUAUCACAAUGAAUGCAUGGGUUGU